GCGCAGUCGCUCGGUCGGUCGUCCGUCGUCCUGUCGCCGUCGCCGCCGCGGGCGCCACCUGAGGGAGCCGCCGCCGCGGGACCCGAGCUGAUCGGACCGGACCCCGCCUCCCGAGGCCACCCGGGGCCCAGCAGCCGCCCGCAGAGGCGCCGAGCAACUUCGGUUGGUCAGCACGUUGACACAAGUUGCCUUUUGACGUAGCUGCUGCCAUGGCCAGCUGGUAGGACCAGCAUCCCAUGCACAGAAGCCAGUUCAGAAUGACUGAAGAAGCAUGCCGAACACGGAGUCAGAAACGAGCGCUUGAACGGGACCCAGCAGAGGAUGAUGUGGAAAGCAAGAAAAUAAAAAUGGAGAGAGGAUUGUUGUCUUCAGAUUUAAACACUGACGGAGACAUGAGAGUGACGCCUGAGCCAGGAGCAGCCCCAGCCCAAGGGUUGCUGAGGGGGGCAGAGGUGACGACCAUGGGCAGAUGCGAAGGGCAGGCGGGUGACGGGCCCGUGGACAUGCGUACCUCAUACAGUGACAUGAAGUCUGAGAGAAGAGCCCCCUCUCCUGAUGUGAUUGUGCUCUCUGACAAUGAGCAGCCUGCAAGCCCAAGGGUGAAUGGGCUGACAAAGGAGGCCUUGAAGGAGACCAGUACUGAGGCCCUCAUGAAAAGCAGUCCUGAAGAACGAGAAAGGAUGAUUAAGCAACUGAAAGAAGAGUUACGAUUAGAAGAAGCAAAACUUGUUUUAUUAAAAAAGUUGCGGCAGAGUCAAAUACAAAAGGAAACUACCGCCCAGAAGCCCACAGGCUCUGCUGGGAGUGCCGUGACCACCCCUCCCCCGCUUGUGCGGGGCACCCAGAACAUUCCUUCUGGCAAGCCAUCCCUUCAGACCUCUUCAACAAGAAUGCCUGGCAGUGUCAUCCCACCACCCCUGGUCCGCGGCGGGCAGCAGGUGUCCUCAAAGCUGGGGCCACAGGCGAGCUCACAGGUCGUCAUGCCCCCACUUGUCAGGGGGGCUCAGCAAAUCCACAACAUCAGACAACAUUCCAGCACGGGGCCGCCGCCGCUCCUCUUGGCUCCCCGGGCAUCUGUGCCCAGUGUGCAAAUUCAGGGACAGAGGAUCAUCCAGCAGGGCCUCAUCCGCGUCGCCAACGUCCCCAACACCAGUCUGCUUGUCAACAUCCCACAGCCUUCCCCAGCGUCGCUGAAAGGGACGACAGCCACCUCUGCUCAGGCCAACUCCACCCCCACCAGCGUGGCCUCUGUGGUCACUUCUGCUGAUUCUCCAGCCAGCCGUCAGGCAGCUGCCAAGCUUGCGCUGCGCAAACAGCUGGAGAAGACGCUGCUUGAAAUCCCCCCUCCCAAGCCCCCUGCCCCGGAGAUGAACUUCCUACCAAGCGCUGCCAACAACGAAUUCAUCUACCUGGUUGGCCUGGAGGAAGUGGUGCAGAACCUGCUAGAGACCCAAGCGGGCAGGAUGUCGGCCGCUGCUGUUCUGUCCCGGGAGCCCUACAUGUGUGCGCAGUGCAAGACGGACUUCACGUGCCGUUGGCGGGAGGAGAAGGGUGGUGCCAUCAUGUGCGAGAACUGCAUGGCAUCCAACCAGAAGAAGGCACUCAAGGUAGAGCACACGAGCCGGCUGAAGGCUGCUUUUGUGAAGGCUCUGCAGCAAGAGCAGGAGAUUGAGCAGCGCCUCCUGCAACAGGGUGCCGCCCCCGCACAGGCCAAGGCUGAGCCUGCCACUGCCCCACACCCCGCGCUAAAGCAGGUCAUAAAACCCCGGCGUAAGUUGGCGUUCCGCUCAGGAGAGGCCCGCGACUGGAGUAACGGGGCUGUGCUACAGGCCUCCAGCCAGCUGUCCCGGGGCUCGGCCACAACGCCCCGUGGUGUCCUGCACACGUUCAGCCAGUCACCCAAACUGCAGAAUACAGCCUCAGCCACAGCCCUUGUCAGCAGGACCGGCAGACAUUCCGAGAGAGCUGUGAGCACCGGCAAGGGCAACGCCUCCACCAACUGGAAGAAGGCACCCCUGAGUACAGGCGGGGCCCUUGCGUUUGUCAGCCCGAGCUUGGCAGUGCACAAGACCUCCUCAGCUGUGGACCGCCAGCGGGAGUACCUCCUGGACAUGAUCCCGCCACGCUCCAUCCCCCAGUCAGCCACGUGGAAAUAGUGCGAGCCGGGCCCAGUGGAGAACAGGCUCCCUCCUCCCUCCCACCUGGCCCUGCCACCCUCCACUCGGGAAGACCUCAUACUCCCUGAGAAACGAGUGAGCGAGCGCUGCCUGCGCUGCCGAAGCAAGGGCUCCGUUCUUGGCUGCAAAGUCUCGUCGCAGCUGAGGGGCUGCUUCACAGGUGGACGAGGAUUAUCACUGAGGGACCUUUCCCUUGGGCUUUUUUCCUUUCUUUGCCUUUAGUUUGCCCAACACCAGCAGAAAAGUGGACCUCGGGGGCUGGUUCUGCUUCCGGCCCUUCCUUUCAGCCCCCUCUGCCCCCCAUUCCACACCUCUCCCCCCCCACCCCCGGCAGGGUGCACGGACGGCUCACCCUGGACACUGUGACACGCUCGGCAAGACCGGCGCCCGGGGCUUCUGAAGUCGAGCGGAGCGUUCUGUUUUGUUUUUGCUUUUCCCCAUCUUAGCCUCCCAAUCUUUGACUGCCUUCCUUCAUGGCAAUGUUUAGGUUGACAGAUUUUUUUUUAAUCACCUCAUGAUGAUGGAGUUUAAAGUAAACCGUGCAGACCCAGGGGUCCCUGCUGAGCACGGCCCCCACACCCCAGAGGGUGGGCCACUGACUGCCCAGCCCUCACUCUAGCGGAAGGCCUCUGCUGCUGCUCAUCCUGGAGACCCCGGACCUCCCACACUUAGCAGAAGAACAAACUGCAACCCAGACCCCAGCCAGAGAGCCUGGGAUCCCAGAAGCCACGCACCGCCAGUAGAGGAGGGAGCAGAGAAUUGGCAGCAACAUCCAGAGCCUGAGUGGGAAGUUGGAGGGGCGGGCUAUUGUGUUUUUUUGUUGUUGUGGUUUUAUUUUAUUAAAUUUUUCCUUUUCUUUUCCUACUUAUUUUGAUGGACACCAUCCUAAGCUGCCCUGGCCUAUACUCCUGUCAGGUGUGUCUGGUGGGGAGGUGCCCCUGCCCCUCCAAGACUUCAGGGUUUCCGUUUGGGUCUAGUUUAGAACCUUCCCUUAAAACAGGGCCAUGCUGCCAGGGUCGCCUUCAGACUGUUUUUUUGUUUUUGUUUUUAACCCUUUUUCGAGUCUACAGAAAUGUCUUAUACAAAGGAUCAGGUCUGCUCUUAGUUGUUUCAUUUUGGUUUCUCCCACUCCUUAAAAAUCGGUUCCAUGAGGAUAGGCAGAAGCUGUCGUGAGUGUGCUGUGCACGAGGCUGUCUCCUUGCAGGUGCGAGGGCGUCCUGUGUGCACACACACAUGUUUGUCGAUGUGGAGAUGGGGUACGCUGCUCCCCACUUCAGCCCCAGCCCUAGUUUUCCUAUCCAUGCAGUUAGGGACUUAAUUUAAAAUCCUUAUUUUGUAGGGCCGCCUUCUUCAAAACACACUGCUACAACAUUCUAAUAAAGGCUCAUUUAACCCCCUCUCUCAUGUGUGAAUAUCCAUGUUUAGCAACAUUUUGACCCGCGGUAGAAGACCUAGUUUUGCAACAUUCUAAUUUUUUGUUGUGUAAAACCCUGUAUUUCUCAUUGAUUUUUGUUUUGAGUGCAUAACUUAGAUGGGCUGAAGGAGGGGAGGGCAGGGAAGGGUGGCUUUCAUUCCAAGAUCCAGGAAUUUGGGGGAAAGGAGGGAAAUUGACAUGGGGGGUGUUUUUACACCAAAAAAAUCAAGAGUAUGCAAGCAUUUCUAUUUCUCACAUUUUUCUGUGUGCCUGGCAAAUAAAUACUUGUCUUAUACUA